GUCUCGCUUUUAACAUUUUCGGGAAGAAUAUGAAAUAAUCUAUCCAUAAUUGGGGACUGCUGCUGACAUUCGUUACGGGAAAAUUUGCAGUGUUUUUGUGACUUGUUUUCUUCCUUUUUGAAGCCAUUUUUACGUACAAAUUUCUCUUUUUAAACUUUGAGUUGCAACGAUUUUUUUUUGCGGGUAGACUGUCGUUUACCUGAGCCACUGCUGAAAGAUAGUUUCCUCUGUAUGAACACGAAUAAUAGCCCUAUAAUCAAACACUCAAGGUAUGCGAUUGAGAUCCACUGUUUGUCAAUGGAGUUGUGCAUCUUACAGCAUCACACAACAUAAAGUAUAACAAAAUUUAGACCAAGAAAUAUUUACCACCGUGCACCAGUUGGAACUCUGGUUGGAAUUAAGACGUCGCCUUUAUUUUUAAUUUCCAAAGUUGAGAAGUUGCCACCAUGGAGAAGUAUGUCACUUUCGAAGAAUAUACGGAACUCUUUGCAAUGUUUGGCCCUUCGAUGAGUGAGGUUACGGCUGAUGCUAUACAGGCCGGUCGUUUCGAGGGUAUACCUUUGCCGCCGGGCUCGAACAAUGUCGCCGAAGACUUUAAGACCUACGAGGUGCGAGAUGAUGACGUAUGGAUCGUGACGUACCCAAAAGCAGGGACCACAUGGACUCAAGAGAUAGCCUCUGCCGUGAUGCACGAUGGUGACUUGGAAGCAUUGCGGAAGAGACACACUGCUUUCAGAGUUCUACACAUGGACUUGAGUCUCCCACCUCCAAUAAGAAAACUGAAAAACGUUCCUGAAACGCACAGAGUUGCUGAGGAAAUCCCAUCUCCCCGCGUCCUCAAGUGCCACUUCCCUGGUCAACUCCUGCCUCCUCAGAUCUGGGAGAAGAAGCCCAAGAUCAUCUACGUUAUGCGCAACCCCAAGGAUCUGAUAGUGUCCUACUUCUACUUCAUGAAGAUGGUCCUCCCUUUGCCUGCAAUUCUAAAUCAAACAUUUGCUGAAUUCUUUGAGGAAGUGCUCAAUGACCAAGUUGGCUUCGGACCCUGGUGGGAUCAUUUCUUGUACUUUUGGAAGAAGCGACAUGAUGAGAACAUCCUUUUGCUUCGAUUUGAAGACAUGAAGAGGGAUUUGCGAGGCAAUGUGGAGAAGAUCAGCAAGUUUCUUGGUAAAGAUUUCUCUAAUGAGACGCUGGAUGCAAUAACGGACCACUGUACAUUUGCCAACAUGAAGAAAAACCCUAUGACCCAACUGGAUUCCUUGUUUGCGAAGCUGAACUUACCAGACUCAAUGUCAUUCAUGAGAAAAGGUAAAGUAGGAGAUUGGAAGGCUCACUUCACUGUGGCACAGAAUGAAGUCAUGGACGCCCUUAUAAGAGACAAACUCGCUGGAACUGGAUUGACCUUCGACUACGAAUAAAUGGUUUUCUUUUGAUGUAUGUAGAGCCCUGUUCACACGAGGGGAAAACAUAAACAGUCCCUGUAGAGUUUCUUAAUGUUUGUGAAAUAUUAUAAAAUGAGAUUUGUGUGAAAGGACAGCAUUUUUUACAUGUACUUACAUUCCUUGUGAAAUUUUCUCAAAUAAUGUGAAAUUUUGUAGCAAGUACAUGGACCGUCCUUUGACGAAAAACUUACGAUAGCGGACAUUUGUUUGCAAGGAACCUUGUGUGCUCCUUCGUGUGAAACAUCAGACUUAUUUAGCUUGAUCAAAUCACUAAUAUCUUUGACAAAUGCAAUCACAGGUUUAUGAAAAAUGUUGUCAUAAAUGAUUGGUACACAAUUUAUUUUUCCAAUAAUUACAUCCCUUUUAAUUUGUAAUUUGGGAAGGGUUCAAUGACUUCACAGGGAGUUAGACUUAGAUUAUUAUUUACAUCCAAAGACCAACUUGAAAUAUAUAUAUUAGUGAAUAAUAGGCCUUUGUGUAAAAUUAUUGUUUAUUAUGUAGAAACAGGCAGUAACAUCCUAUUGAAAUGUAGUAACAUUAUGCAACUUUUUGUGCAAUUAAUUAUAUUUUGAAGACCUAAAAUCACUUUUAACUUACCAAAACUAAUCUAAGAAGUACGGUAAUCAUAGUAACAAAUGAUACCAUACGCUCUACAGAAAUAUUAUGAACAAGUAGUUUAAUCUUUAUAAGUCAAAUAAAAUAUCUAUUUCUCUAUCAUUGCACCCUGUAAAAAAGUCAUUGCUUUAUAAUUACUAGUGGCACUACAGAUUUACACAGCUUUAACUGGUAGGUUUGUGUACUUUUGUCAUAUAGCAUCUAGUAUUUCUACAAGAUGAACUGUUGAAUAAACCAAUUUGUAAGUCACUUGAAUGAAAUUAUCAAACACUGAAAAAAAUUCACUUAGAGGAAAUUAACACCAUGGUCUAGCCUAAACUUGAGUGACCCAACUCGACAUGAGUUGGUUUGUCCCCGUUGAGGUUUGAAUCGGCCUGUCGUUAAUUGGGAUAGGUCUAUAGUUGGGAUGAUUAUCAGUGUUGUGGAUAGACCAUUUUUAGUUAUGAUAUUGCUAGGAGCUGUGUCCAGUUCUGGCUGAAGCACAACAUCUAGUGUGUGGACACGA